AUGGUAGGAGAGAAAGAAUGGGAGACUUGUUACCACUCGACACCCGCUGGUUAUUACACCGGCUGUCGACGUGCCGCCAGCUUUCCUUUUUUCGGCGAUCAUACAUUGGUUCCUAGUAGCGCUCUCAAGGUGCGAUCACAAAGCGAAUCCGAAGGUUUGAAUAAAAUACGAUUCAGCCAGAUUAAUUUGGAUGCUCUUCGCAAUCGCCCUCGAGAGAUUGUCGAGGAAUGCGAUGAAGCAAGCGACUGUGAAUCGGAUUCAUGUUCCUCCACGUCGGACGACUGUGAUGCGUCCGGAAAAGGCCGAGCACUGAUCGAGCAUAUUGUUGAAGUGCCAUGUAAAACCCCGAAAUCGGUCCGCUUCGCUGAUGACUGUGGAAAAGAGCUGUAUUCCGUUAGGGUCAUGACCGAGCCCAGUGACUAUCCGCCUCAAAUCAACCCAAGCGUCCUCAGAAGACUAAGAGGUGAUUCGUACGUGGAAGAAGCAUCUCACAGUGAUCCAAUUCCAACAUGGAAUUUAUUAUUCAAGCAACCCGCCAGUGAGUAUGUGCGAUUCAGGGAAACCUUAGCAAAGGAUCGUGUUUCGCUUGAGAACGUGGUGGUGAAGCCGGAUUCGUCAAAGAUUGUUGGCACUAUCAAGGUGUCCAACAUUGCCUUUGAGAAGAAGGUGUUCGUCAGAUACACAACUAACAAUUGGCAAUCCUAUAUGGAUCGGCAGGCCACCUAUCAGCCGUGUACCAGUAAGGUGUACGACACGUUCACGUUCGAAAUAGAAUUACCGAAGGCGACCGAUAAGGCCAAGCGAUUGGAGUUCUGCAUAUGUUAUAUCGCAAAUGGUGGCGAGCACUGGGACUCGAAUGGUGGAGAAAACUACAAAUUGGAACAUGUGGAUGUGAAUGUACCCCAGAAGAGAACAGUGCCUCCGUUAUUCGGAAGCCUGAAGUACAUGGACCGUGAUGAUGCGUACAACCUGAACCAUAGCGACUGGGCGCAUUUUGCGUCGUGGAAGAAUUUGAGUACCGAUGGUCCAUACUGGUAG